GUUCGGCUGACAUGGCCGAAGUAGCCCAAAAAAGCCGCGGGCGGGGAAUCGCGCGCCUGUCCCGGCCUUCCCGGGCGUGAGGCGGGCGGGAAGGCGGGUCUGCGUGCGGAGUAGGCGUCGUAGCGUGGCCCAGCCGGCGGGGGUGAGAGGGAAGCAGGGUCGAGGCUGCGGGUGCUAAGCGGGGAGCUGAGGACUGGGCCUGCUGUGCUCGCGGCCGCUGGAGGGGUGGUAUAGGGUGGAUUAGCAGUUACUGCGGCUCGAGGGGCCUCGGAGUCCCGGCGGAGCCCGAGGCAGCGCCGGCCCUUGGGAGCAUGCGGCGGCAGGAAGAAUAAAGAGUUGUGGCUGCGCAUCCGCGUCGUCUGCUUCCCCGUCGGCAGGGCUUCGCUCUCGCGGUCUCAGAGUAGACUGCGGAAGGAAAAUGGAGCCAUUUCCCGGUGAUAGAAUUCAGUUACCCAGGAAUAUGAUUGAAAACAGUAUGUUUGAAGAAGAACCAGAUGUGGUUGACUUGGCAAAAGAGCCUUGUUUGCAUCCCCUGGAGCCUGAUGAAGUAGAGUAUGAACCAAGGAGCUCACGGCUCUUGGUGCGUGGCCUUGGACAGCGUGAAAUGGAUGACGAUGAGGAGGAUUAUGAGUCAUCAGCAAAAUUGCUUGGGAUGUCCUUCAUGAACAGAAGCUCAGGCCUGCAGAAUAAUAUGUCUGUCUAUAGACGAAAUCCAAAUGGAUCAUGUUCAAUGCCCUCUACGAGGACCAUGGUGGUUUGCACAGUUGUUCUUGUGAUUGCAGUUUCAUUAAUAAUGGUUAUUUAUCUUCUUCCCAAAUGUACCUUUACCAAAGAAGGCUGCCAUAAAAGAAAUCAUACAAUGGAAGUAAUAUACCCUUUGGCAACUAAUGGAAAAUUAUUUCCAUGGGCAAAAGUUAGACUUCCUCAUGAUGCUUUACCAGUGCAUUAUGAACUUGUCUUACAGCCAAACCUAACUACUCUGAAAUUUGCAGGCUCUGUAAAGAUAGUGGUUAACAUUGUCCGUGUAACUCGGAAGAUCAUACUUCACAGCUCAGGACUUAAUGUUACCAAGGCAACCCUUACUUCAGCAGGAGGGCAUCAAGGAAAACCAGUUGAAUUCCUGGAAUAUCCAUUGCAUGACCAGAUUGCUAUCAUAGCUCCUGAGGCACUCCUUGUGGGACAGAAUUAUACUAUCAGCAUUGAAUAUUCAUCUAAUUUAUCAGAUACCUAUUAUGGCUUUUACAAAAUUUCAUACAAGGAUGAAAAUUCUAAGCAAAGGUGGUUUGCAGCAACCCAGUUUGAACCUCUGGCAGCAAGGUCUGCUUUUCCCUGCUUUGAUGAACCUGCAUUUAAAGCUACUUUUUUAAUCAAGAUCAUAAGAGAUGAGAAACUUUCCAUUCUGUCAAAUAUGCCAAAGAAAGCCACUACUGCUGUGACAAAUGGAAUUGUUCAAGAUGAGUUUUUUGUGAGUUUGAAGAUGAGCACCUACCUAGUAGCCUUUGUUGUUGCAGACUUGAAGAACAUCAGUAGGGAAACUAAUGGGAGUCUGGUAUCUGUCUAUGCCACAGCACAGCAUCUAAACCAAGUUGGGUAUGCCCUAAACACAGCAGUGAAGCUUCUGGAAUUCUAUCAAAACUACUUUUUAAUAAAGUACCCUCUUGGAAAAUUAGAUCUGAUAGCAAUUCCUGAUUUUCAGUCUGGUGCAAUGGAAAACUGGGGCUUGAUCACCUUCCGAGAAACAGCACUUUUGUUUGACAAUAAUACUUCUUCAACAAGGGAUAAAAAGUUAAUAACUGCAGUGAUAGCACAUGAGCUUGCCCAUCAGUGGUUUGGCAAUCUAGUAACUAUGGAAUGGUGGAAUGAUCUCUGGCUAAAUGAGGGAUUUGCUACUUUGAUGGAGUACUUAGCCAUGGAGGCGAUAUUUCCAGAAUUACAUUCAGAUGAAGAUUUUGUUAAUUUCAUUUUCAAGGCUAUGAUGAAGGAUUCCUUGAAUUCUUCACAUCCAGUCUCUUCUGCUGUUCAGUCUUCAGAGCAAAUUGAAGAAAUGUUUGAUGCACUUUCUUAUAUCAAGGGAGCUUCACUUCUUUUGAUGCUGAGGCACUAUCUUACUAAGGAUGUUUUCCAAGCUGGCAUUGUGGUAUACUUGCAUAAUCACAACUAUGGAUCUGCCCAGAGUGAUGAUUUGUGGGACAGCAUGAAUGAGAUUACCAACGGAACACUAGAUGUAAAAAAGUUGAUGAAAACUUGGAUUCUGCAGAAAGGGUUUCCUUUAGUCACUGUUGUCCGAAAGGGAAAGAUUAUUUCUGUACAACAAGAGAAAUUUUUGUAUCAUGUGGAAACAGAAAACUGGACAUCAGAUGCAAGUUACCUAUGGCAUAUUCCCCUCACCUACAUAACUAGUAGCUGCAGCUUUAACCGUUGUUCUAAUGCAUAUUUGCUGGACCAGAAGUCAGCUGUCAUUGAACUUCCAGAAGAGGUGGAAUGGAUAAAAUUCAAUGUGGAUAUGAACGGCUAUUACAUAGUGCACUAUGCUGAAGACUGGAAAACACUUAUUUAUCUGUUGAAAAAAAAUCAUACCAUGUUGAGUCCUAAAGACAGAGCUAAUUUGAUCAACAAUAUAUUCAGCCUUGCAGGUCUAGGAAAAGAGUCUCUGGAGAAAGCCUUUGAGCUGAUUAAUUACCUAAACAAAGAGAGCAGCACUGCACCACUCACUCAAGCUUUGUAUCAGUUGAGUCUUAUAUACAACCUUUUAGAGAAAAAAAGUGAACAACAGCUGGCAGCAAGAGUCAUGCACAGAAUAGAGCAACUACUUGGAGAUAAAAUUGAUCAGCAGCGUUGGACAGAUGAUGGGAGCCUGUCUGAACGAGAGCUCCGGUCAACACUACUAGCUUUUGCCUGCACCCAUGAUAUCAGAAACUGUAGAACAACUGCCACUGAGAUGUUUGAGAACUGGAUGAAGUCUAAUGGAACAAUGAGUCUGCCUAGUGAUGUUAUGAAAGCCGUAUUUACAGCUGGAGCCAAAUCUAGUGAUGGCUGGGAGUUCCUUCUAAUGAUGUACACCUCUUCAUUUGCUGAAGCAGAGAAAAGCAAAAUGAUUGAAGCCUUGGCCAGCACAGAAGAUGUCAGAAAGCUGACUUGGCUAAUGCACAACAGCCUUGCAGGAGAGGUUAUAAGGACACAGGAGCUUUCACAUAUCAUAGCAACUGUUAGCCAGAGUUUGCCUGGAUAUUUGCUGGCCUGGGACUUUGUCAAAGAGAACUGGGAAAAGCUUACACGAAAAUUUCACCUAGGCUCAUACACUAUCCAAAAUAUUGUUAGUUGGUCAACUUCUCAGUUUUCAACUAAGUCGCAUCUACUUGAGGUGAAGUCAUUUUUUGAAUCAAAAUCAGAGGAGAGUUCGCAACUGCGUUGUGUAAAAGAGGCAAUUGACACAAUUCAGCUUAAUAUCCAGUGGAUGGAGAGGAACUUUGUAAAGCUACAAGAACUGCUGUAAUGUGCAUAAUGCUGUGGUGUGUCAGCUAUUUAGGAGCUCUCUAGACAGUUGCUGUGUUUCUUUUGCAAAAGGCAGGGUGAAACCAUGCAUCACUGCAACGUUGCACUAUUAAGAAGGCUGGAUAGCUCAGGGCAUGUCUCAGAUAAAUUUUUAUUUUCCUUGGAGCUUUUAUUAGCAAGAUAUAAGUAUUUAUUCUAAAACUGUUUUAAUCUGUAGACCAAACAUCUGCACAAGUGAUUAAAUAUAAUUUUAUAUUUGAAGUAUAUGUCCUUUCAUUCAGAAUUGUGUUAUAGUUUCUUAGCAGGGGGUUAAUAUUUGCAGGUAGGGUCAGAAAAAAGGGAAGGUGUUACCAUAAACUGUAAAUUCUUUGCACACUGCUUGUUGAACAGUUUAUUUUUUUUAAUGCUAAGCUGUAGGUGGUUUCCAAAUUUGUAGCUAUAGAAGCAGUUGUAAAACAAAGUCAUGCUUCAGAUAUAUAAGUAGUAGUGGAUCUUUGAAGUACGCCUAAGUUUGAGGUGAAGUAAAUAAUUCAGAAUUGAUUUAAGUUUGGAUUUUUUAUAUUCACAAUAUAUUUUAAGAAUUACAGACACUUUGAUGUAUAAGAUGGAUAGGAAAUGAAAAAACAGGUAGCAAAACCAAGUGUUUUAUUAGAGGUGGGAUUUCCAGAAACACCGAUGUGACCUUGAAACUUGUACUCUGAAUUUAUUAGACAUUUUUGAGAAUCCCAGUCAUUAAGUUUUAACUGAUUUUGCUGUUUUGAUCUCUGAGCAACUGCAUAAAAUUGAAAUUUUUUCAGUUUGGCUCAUCUGUUUGACUACUGAACUGUGCCCUUUUGACUACUGGCUUUUAAUUUCACCACUUGCUGCAGAGGGUCUACAAUUAGUAGACGUGUCAGGUACUUGAUUUGUAUAAGGUUCUGGUUUUUCCUUGAUAAUUUGCAUGUCACAGUACAAUUUUUUAACAUCACACACUCGUAAUAACAUUUUAGUUUUAUAAUAGCUUCUUGUUUAGAUUUCAAUGAUUUGCUGUUGUGAAAAUCCUUGUGACACAAAUCUUCAAAGUCUUUUAAGGAAGAGGUUCUAAAAUCCUAAUGUGCUAUGUUAGAAAGGUGAAAUGCCUACUAUGCAAUCUGCAUCUCUUUCAAAACCAUUUAAAAAGCGCCAUUUUUGAGAUAUAGCAUACAUAGAACAUGCCAGAGUAAACAUAUCUUUCUACCGGGAGAUCUGUUCUAUUUAUUUCACUACCAAUCCACCUUUUGUGGAUUCAUACAAGCAGAUUCAGACCUAUUGUCUUGUCAUUGUCCAAUUAUGUGUUCAGUUAGAAACUAUGAUGAAAGCACUAACAAUUAAAAGCUGUAUUAUUUAAGUGAAGCUAAUUUCAGUUACAGUAAAGUCUGAGUAAGAAAAGAGUUUGAAUUAAAUUAAUGGACUGAAAAAUUUGUCACAGGAUAAUUCAAAUUGAAUUCUUUAAUUUAUGAAACUGCAGCAUUAGCUGUGUAUUUGUUUAGGAAAAGCGUUAAGCUGUCAUUGCUCAAGCCAUACCAUACUUUGGUCAUCUUUUCACAUCUUUUCCUGGAAAAGAAACUCCUUGUUUUCCAGCUCACACUGCAGAUGUCGUUUUUAACCUUGAAAUUAUCAGAAAGGAUAUUACACUAUAAGCAUGUACAAAGACUUGUUUGGUCAAAAGGCCAAGAAAUUAAUAGUUUUUACAUGUGCUGAAGAGGGAACUGACAGUAUGAGCAUUGGAAAUAAAUCAUACUUCUUUAUAAUUGAGGAAAUUAGAAUUAUAAUUGUGUUGGAAUUUUUGUACAGCCAUGUGUAUGACUUCACAUGUGUAUGUGAAUUUCGUCCUUUAUUGUAAAUUGGAAUCUCUACAGAAAUAUUAGCUCUAUCUUUGCAUAUUUACAUGUGUAUAUAUACAUCAUCUUUUUCUGUUUCCAGUCACUUCUUCAUAUUCAGCGAGAAGUCAGUAGUAAAUUUUCACUUUUCUAUCCUUUCUGUCCCCUCACAUGAGUUUUCCCUCACCCUUGAUUGUAGUAUAAAAAUAAAAUUUAAGAUGGAAGUUGUGGAAGAAGAUCCCAUCUUCCUCCUGGUGUGGAAUUUCAGAAA